AUGCUGCGCUUUUGGCAUCUCCUCUGGCUGCCACUAGCGAACAGCCAAGGUGCUCUGCAAUGGCUCAAUUGUCAUGGGCCGCCCUUCAAGCCUGCUUGGGCAUCACUGCAGGCGACACUCCUGGAGCUGCUGCAGCGCCAGCCAGAUCUGCUGAUGAUCGGACGGCCACUGCCGCCUGCAGUCGUAAUGCUGGUGGAGGAGCUGGAACCAAUGUGCCAGGCACGCAAGGACGUGGCAGCGCUACUGGCUUGGACAGGCGAGAAGCCCGAGACAGACUACGAGGCCAUGGGUUCCCUUCGCUGGUGGAUCAACGCGUCCUUCGAGGUCGAAGGAGUCGAAGGAAAUGGGUUUUGCCUCUACGGCUGCGUCACCGUGCUUUUCCUCCUGGCCUUCAACGAGUUGUCGUGGCUACUCAUCUCGCCAGAAGAGCCCUCGGUGGCCACAGCUGAGAAGAGCAUGCAGGCGCACGCUACAAGCUUCCUUUACAUGAGGGGUGAAGUGGCGGCCCUCCAACAUCAGAUCUUUCCCUAUGGUAGUGCGUGGCCACCGCGUCUCCCGAACUGGACAAUGGAGGUCUUUGAGAGGGCCGAGGCGCACGCUGAUGGUUCGCAGCCAGUUCAAGAGUCGCCUCACGAAGGCUCUGCGAUUUCGCUGGCGCGGCGGUGGCAGCCCUGUGACCCCCUUCGCCAGGUGUGCAGCGCCCCAAGCCCUGCAGGAAGGGGGCACAAGUUGAUGGACUCCCAUCGCGGCCGCAGAGAUGAAGCCUUGGUCAUGCUGCUGGUCGGGGAGCAUGCACCGUUCGAGAACACGGUUUGGCAGUGCAUCGAGUCGGCUUCCAUUGCCUUGAGUGUUCCCGUUCGGCCCAUCUUCGCGGGUGCCUACUACGGCUGCAGAGGACUUCCCAGUGCCUGUGCACCGGACUCGACGAAAGACUGGUUUCGGGCGUGGAUGCAGAGGUGGCCGAAGCAGAGCGAAUCUGCAUUGGAGGGCGUGCAGGCCGAGGCAGAUGGGCUCUUUGAGGCCAUCAAGCGACAUCCGGAUCCGCAGGCUGCCCGUCCGGAUAUUCUCUUCUGUGGGGACACCGUGCUGUUCUGUUGGCUCCUGCGCCGGCGCAGUCUGCUGGCCCGGCGGGCCGGUUUCCACGAGCUCCCUUCGCUCCAUGUCUAUGGCAUGGUCUUCCUGCAGUAUGUUCCGCCGAUGUGGAGACUUGAGAUGUUGGAGGAUUUCGCGAAUUGGUGGCUCCUUGAACGCAGCCCCGUCCGGGAGCCGGCCGGUGUCCAGAUCGAGGCAUUGGGCCUGCAACUCCAGUGGCAGAUGGGCAUCGCCCUACCUUUUGUGCCUAGCCACUCUCAUGCAGCUGAGGGGAUCUGUAGACUGGUGUUCAGGUUUUGUUUCAUCUCAUGUCUUGCAAUAUUUCACUGA